CUUUCUUUAUUUAUCUUUCUAUGCCACCAAUGAAUACAAAUUUUGAAAUAACAAAGAUGCAUUCGUAUCAUUCGACAUGUGCACAUGGAACAAAUAACCCCACUUUUUAUAUUCACAUUCAUGUUCACUCGCCUGUCGCUCACACACUACACUAUCUGACAAAUGGCCGAAGGUGACCUUGAAGAGUUACUACAGUCCG